AUGCGUGUAAAUGUGGACAAGGUCCUGGAUCGAGAUCAGAAACUGUCAGAGCUGGAUAACAGGGCAGAUGCUCUCCAGGCCGGGGCCUCGCAGUUUGAGACAAGCGCAGCCAAACUUAAGAGGAAAUAUUGGUGGAAGAACUGCAAGAUGAUGAUUGUCAUGGGAGUGGUGUGUGCACUAAUGUUCAUCAUCCUUACAAGUAAGUAUGUGAAUGUGAAGCAUAUCCUAAGUGCACAAUAUUCCAUAUUACAUAAUUCCAUAAUUCUGUUCUGCACUUUCAGGUUAUAUUAUAUGGAAAAAAGGUGA